AUGCAUCUUCCUAUGCAAUUUCUCCUCGCUCCGGCUCUUCUUACCGGCCUUGGUGUUUUCGCCCGCGGCCCGCCCCCCCCUCAGCAGAGGAUGGACCCGACAAGCGACAAGCUGGAAAAGUGUGGUUGCACCAAGAUUGCAAACGCCAUCAUGAAGUGCCAGGGAAUCGACUGGAAGAACACAAGGUCCGACAAAGAAACCCGCGACUGCGUGUGUAUUUCCAAUGAAGACCGCGAAAACGCGUGGUAUGGUUACAUCCACAACUGCCGCGCUUGCCUCAGCCCAGGCAGCUACGACAUCAACGAUUUUUUCGACAACUUCUCACGCACAUUCUCGCAACUGUUGGUUUCCUGCACUAAUGCUGGCGGAGGUGUCACCGCAGAUGGGAGCAGCAUUUGCGCCAGCAAUUACUACUUUGAAGGCUGUGUUUCACUUAAACCUAAUGGCAACAGCUGGGCCAGUUAUGAGGUUUUUGGUCGGAAUGGCGAUGAGGCUCAGAAAGGGAACGGAACGAGGGCCCUCAAUUUGGUGAAUCCCAAUGGAGAUGACUUGGGCUCGGACUCGGACGACGAAGGAACCAGCACGACCCUCACCCUGACUACUUCUACCAGCUCGGUCACUGCCCCGACUACGGAUGGCCAGGAUGUCACGACCACCCAAGCUGAAGAGUCUGCAACUCAGGAUCCAACAACCAGUACCGAGACUACUCCUGCUGGCACUACCGCCCCUGCUGGGUCUUCUGCUAUGAGCGGCGCUGUCGUCCCUGGGUUUAUGAUGGCUGUUGCUUUGGGAGUGGGAUCCAUGUUGAUUUAG